UCUUGGCAAAGCAAACAUCGUCCGUCACUUCUGGCACAAUCUGUCACCAAAACUCGACAAACUUUUGGUAAGAGAUUUGAAGAACGUUAACGUUGUUUUAACAUUGAACACAUUCACCUCAUUUCUUUUUACCUGUGCGUAAAAUCAUAAGUGGUUAAAAAUGAUGUGAAAUAUACAAAGCAUUUUUAAGAUGUAACUGGUCAGUGUUACCAAAAGAAUUGAAUGGGAGAUGUGUAGUAAUAUCUUCAGAAAAAAGUUUUUAAAUUUGACUUUUCAAAAAUAGAAAGAACAUUAAAACAGAAAAAAAAACUUCAAGAAUGUUUUACGGAUAAACUCUGAAAUCAGUUAAUUAACCAGUUACCGUUGUCAUUCGGUGAGAGCGCGGAUACCUUUGGUUCUGUUCGUUUUUUUAUCGGUUGAUUUGGAAGUUUUAGACAUCACUUGCUAGAGAUUGAAUGAACACUUGUUAAUUUUCGGUAUUUCUGCAUCAGAGAUACAUGAUAAAAAUUUCCAUCAUUAAUACUACUACAGAGUCAUUUCUGAUUCAUUCAAAUUGAAAACUACCAGAAUAAGAAUUUCACGUUAGUGAUUUGGUUAUCUAAAACAGAUCUCUUUUUCACCUCUUCAUUACUUUACUUUCCUAUGCAGGAUUUCCUUUAGAGAAUGUGGUCUUGUUAUCUCUUGCUUGCCAUUGCAGCAGUUGAUGGAGGUAAAGGAGAUUCCUUUUUGAAUGAUGAAGCUUAAAUUCGGCAAUUUUCUUCUGUGUAACUGAUCGAUUUUUCACUAUUCCGUAUGUCAGGGGUGUCUCAGGGGUAUGACCAGAUUGAUUAUAAUAUGUCCGUGCCGUUGCAAGGGGAAAGUUUUGUUUAUCGGAAACAAAUAAAGCAAAAAAUCCAUAGGAUAGGUUACUAAAACGAAAUCUAAGUAAGGCUACAGAUGUAGAGAACCAAUAGAUCUCCAAAUAUUUUGAGCCCGUUGUUUGAGUUAAAACAAAAUUUAUCCAGUCAUAUUAAUGAGCCGUCCUGAUUUUUUGGAACAGAACUACCGCGAGCAGGGGAAAGUAUGCUACAUCAAUGCUUAGUUGAGUCAUAAUUAUUUGCCUUGACUUCGCCUAUUUUCUUUCAGCGUUUACCGACGAAGAAAAACAGGGUUUAGCAAAGCACAAUGAAUUCCGACAAGUACAUGAAGCUGCUGCUAUGACACUGGACAGACAAAUGUGUGAUGAGGCGAAACAGUAUGCUCAGACGCUUGCAGUUAUGGGUAGCCUGGUACAUUCGCCGGGCAGAUACAGAGCUGGACAGGGAGAGAAUCUUGCCGUGGGAUGUUCAACAGACGCUCCACAAACCAUAGAGCAAGCCGUGACAAAUUGGUGAGGUUAUAUUUCGCUUUCUUCCUGCGCGGAAAAUUCUAUUAUGUGUAAUAUUCAACUUUGGCUUUUGAGAAUAAGCUCACGAGGCUAUCCUACACAAUGAUGUCAUUUGCUGACAAUUUACCCCCAAACCUCGCUUUCACUACAUUCUUCCCGAAUCUUUGCUAAGUUCUUAUCGUUCGCUUAUGGGUGUUCCUUUGAUUUUUGGCUCUAUUCCCCAUAAACAGAGAAAGUAACGAUGUUGGUCAUUAAUUAUUUUUUUUAUUUCAGUGUUUGGGAAUGCUUUUUCUUUUGAAUUACAUUUUACCUGUUCGCUCCUUGAGGGUGAGACGUAGAGGGUGGAAUUUUAUAUUUCAACGUAAAAAUACACCAGGCCUACUUCCACUAAUCUUGUUACAAUUCUUUUCUUAGAAAUAGGGUGUAGUAACCCUGACUAUUUCUGAAUGAUCUGAUUCGAAAUACUUAAGAGCAACCACCCUUCCAAACAAGACAUCUGAAACAAAUAUCGGAUAUAUUUGGCGCUCUGCAAUAGCGGCGCGUACACAACCCAAGCAGUCCAUACCACUAACGUUCAAUCCAGUUUCUUUCUGUAACCCUCAUUGAUGUCACUUCAUGGUACGGUUAAUAACCUGAUACCUUGUAAUAUGCUUAUGGGAAUCCAUUGUAACUUCUUCAUUGGUUAAGACAGGCAUCGCCGGAACCAAAACUAUUUGCGUUUCUUUUCCUUUUUGCUCUUUGUUUCUUACUGUUAUCCAAUUACUCUGCUUCUAUUCUUGUUAUAGUCUUCCACCAACUCCUAGACACAAUUUUUGCUGAGGCAGACUGAAGGGUACAAAAGAAUUCAUAAUAUUUGAGCCUUGUCACACCUUUCUGGCACGCUUCCUUCUCAUGAGAGACCAGGACAGAAUUUCCCCUAACAUCAUCAAUACAAUAUCAAGCAGAAAACGGCGUAAAAAGGAACAGAUGAAAGAGAAAAUAAAUAUGGGUUUCACGAAUAUAAAAUAUUCGUAUUAUUUGAAUACUCGACGUAGGGGUACAAUUGCUUGAAUUAAAACUGCGGGGACAAUUUCGAAAAAAUCGGAACACCAAGGGUUGCUAAUCAUGGACGGUACUCUCCGCCGUGUGUUUCGUGAAGAGUGAAGCCAAAGCAGUCAAAGUAAUGCCCAAGACGUUGCUAUGACUGCUGGUUUUUCUUUUCCUUUAUUUUUUGUUCUCUCUAUUUAGUCUCAUUGUUUUCCAGGUACAACGAGGUCUGUUCUCCGGGAUACGAUUUUACCAGCCCAUCCUUCUCUGCUGGAACAGGCCACUUUACACAGGUAGUUUGGAAAGGCAGCACUGUUCUUGGAAUCGGACGGGCAGAGGGUACAAUACGGGGAAUGAAAUGUGCAUAUACUGUGGCCAGGUAUAGACCAGCUGGAAACUUGAUGGGGGUAUUUGCCCAAAAUGUUGUGGUUGGUUCCUUUGAUAGUGACAGCUACUGUGCAUCAGUUUCAAGUAAAAGACGAAGGUUCUUUGACAAGUAUAGAAAUACAGGCAAGGUGAAUGGUACCAGAGCUCCAACCUUUAAAACGGGACCAGCUGAGAGUCGUGCCCAGCAGGUUGAGUUAUUGAAAAGCAAGAAGAAAACUGUUUCGCACAAGUACAAUAAAUGAGUCUGUGAAGAAAAAAAGUAUAUAUAUUGACAUUAGUGAUUGUCAUGAUUAUUAAAUAAAGAGUUGAUUAAAAGAUAAAACCAC